AAGUGUCCUGCUAUGUCCUCUGCAAAAAUGGUUAUAUUAUUAAUUUGGCUAAACUACUUAGUAAAAAAAAUAAGUGUAUAUACUAAAAAUCAGAGAAUUAUACACUUCAAAGGGUAAAUUUUAUGUGAAUUACAUCUCAAGAAAAAAGGCAAAAGUAAUGAGAAUAUUAAUACACACAUAUAAAAGAAUACCUCUCUUCUCCAAAAAAGUGAUGAGAAAACUUAUCCAAAUCUGUCCACAUGUAUCUCCGGAGUGCCUACUGUUGGCUGCGCCUGUGCUUUUUAGAAAGCACUGACCUAGGUAUUCCAGAUGCUCUUACACAGGCAAAUGCAGAUGAGCCAGCUUGCCCAAAGCCUUGACAGCUAGGUAAUGACACAUUAGAGCUUACAUUCGAACCCACGACUCCCUGACUUACAACCCCCUGAUCUGAGUCACUAUGGGUCACUGCCCCCCCGAGAGCAGAGAAGGAAAUGGUCCCCAAGCAUCCACCGGCAACGCAACAAUUCCAGCCCCUGUCCUCGACAUCCUCCGCCGGCGCAGACGGUUCGCCCCACCGCCCGGGAAGGAGCCCAGCACAGUUAGACCGUCCGCGAGCCUGCGGCAACCCGAGGAUCAACAUCGAGGCGCAGAACCGUAGGUCAAGCCUAAGCGCCGAGAGCACCCUAGCGUCCCGCCGGCCGGCCUACCACCCCAGCCCGAGCGGAAACCCGCACACGCGCGGGGAUAGCGCGGAAGCGGCGCAGAGCUGGAUCUGAGAGCGGCGGGGGCCGGCGGGGGCCGGCGGGGGCCUGCGGGGGCCUGCGGGGGCCUGCCACACCUCGCCCGCCCGGCUGCCCGCAGAGUUGGCGACCAUCAAUGCUGCUGGGGGCCUUCCGGGGACGGGCUGUCCUGGGUCUGCGCGGUAGGGCUGGGCCGUGCGGGGCAGCCGGGCCGGCGGCUGGGAGCUGGCCGCAUGGCCCCCGGCUCGGGACCGGCCCCGCGGACAGGUGGCCGGGGCGGCGGGCAGGCAGCGCGCCGGGCAGCCCUCGGCCGGCGGCCAUGGCGGCGGCGCUGGGAGCGCGAGGGGCGACGCGGCUCUUGUUGGCGGCACUGCGAGGCCGGAGCCCGAGCCUCGCGGCCAUGGCGUUUGGCUUUAUGUCCCGAGUUGCUCUACAAGCAGAGAAGAUGAAUCAUCACCCAGAAUGGUUCAAUGUGUACAACAAGGUCCAGAUAACUCUCACCUCGCAUGACUGUGGUGGACUGACCAAAAGAGAUGUGAAACUGGCCAAGUUUAUUGAAAAAGCAGCUGCUUCUGUGUGAUUUCUUUCAGAAUGCGUAUAAAUCUUAUACACAUCUUAGCUGCAAUGUAUUUUGAUGGCAAUUUACAUGGACAAAUUAAGUUGUAAAUUCAGUUCAGCCUUUGAACUAUCGCAUUUUAUAAAAUCAGUGCUUAAAUACAGAAUAAUUUAAACUGA